GUACUCCUCCGCCCACACUCACCCUCACCCUCACCAUUAUCUUGAGAGCAUUACGCCGCUCCUCGAGGGUCGCAUUUUCUUCCCGAACCCAGUCCAUUGGCACACUUCUGGCGAAAUCCGGAAUACACCAUGCCGCCCGCUCUCUCUGACGAGGAAAACGACGUUUCGUCCGGCGAAGAAGAGAUUCCCUACCGCACCAAGGAUGCUCCUACCGAUGCAGCGCAGCAGGAAAAUGACGAAGAUGAAGAAGAGGGCGAAGAGGACGAAGAGGGCGAAGAGGACGAAGAGGACGAAUAUGUAGUAGAGAAGAUCGUGGGCCACAAGAUUCAGAAAGGCGUGGUGCUAUACGACGUAAAAUGGCAGGGUUAUGAUGACCCGAAAGACAGGACUUGGGAGCCAGAAGCGAAUCUCGAGGGUGCGGCGGACGUACUCAAUGAGUACUGGGAGGAGAUCGGCGGGCGACCUGAUAUAGGGAAGGGAAAGAAGAGAAAGGGCCGCAAAUCCGGAGCUGAAGAAGCCGAGACCGCUACGCCCACAUCCACCUCGAAACGCCUGAAGAAAGAAACGGAAUGGUCCCCACCCCCCGGUUCCUGGGAGAAUGACGUUGACUUCAUCGAUACGGUUAUUCAGAAUGAGGACACCAAGACAGGACAGACAGAGCGCUUUGCACUUCUCACCUGGCGGAACGGCAAGAAAACCCAACAUCCACUUCGCCAAGUGUAUCAGAAGUGCCCACAGAAAAUGCUGGAGUACUACGAGAGCCAUCUCGUGUUCACUGUGGGAGAUGAGACUAAUGGGGACGAGCUCAAAAAGGACGUCUGAAGUCUUCCGUGGUGCCGUGUCCUGAGCCAUGGCAGAGAAUUAACCUCCGUGAAACAUGACUCUAGAUCCUUUUUGGAGCUCCCGAAUCGGCGGGGGUUCCGGUACCAAGUGAUUGGCACUUUAACUGCUCGUCUAUCUUGCGCUUUUUCAUCUUCUUCUGCCUACGACAAUCCUGGUGACCGUUUGAGCAAAAGGCGUCUCAUGGGCAGCUUUUAUGGAUACAAAGCUUAGUUGGUGGCGUACGUCCUCGGCUGUCAUGAGGAUCACAUUUCGGAUUUGUAUUGUAGUGGCUCAGUCGGCGGUCUGGUCAAUGUAUUCCGAAUUACUGAGUUGCAAUGGUGUAAUCUGGUACUGAACAAACUUGGUCACUAGGUAGCCAUUUGAGUUCUCAACCACUCGAACUCAAC